AUGUUCAGUUAUACUUCGUACGCUGUGGCGGGGACUCUGAUUCUGGGGAUAGUUGUAUACCAGCUGGGGUGGUACGCGUACCUGCUCUGGUUUCACCCGCUGUCCAAAUACCCAGGUCCCAAGUUAGCAGCAGUUUCACAGCUCUGGUACGCAAAACAUUGGCUUGGAGGACUAUGGCCUCAUCGUAUCUAUGAGGCGCACCGAAAGUACGGAGACAUUGUGCGCAUUGCGCCAAACGAGCUUUCAUUUUCCACUGUUCAGUCGGCAAAGGACCUCUACGGAUCGCCAUCCAAGACACGAAAGCUGUUCCCCAAAUCGGACCUCUUCUACGAUGUGGGGAUAUCCAACCUGGCAUUCGAGAUGGACCCCGCAGAGCACGCAAAGCAGUACAAGCUGUUCGCACCCGCAUUCCGGGCGUCGGCCCUCCGUUCGCAGGAACACAUCGUACACGAGCACACGGAUUUCUUCAUCAGCCAACUACGGCGCCUGGGCACUGCCAGUGGCGAGAGUCUCAAUAUGGCCUUGUGGUUUGAAUGGCUCACAUUCGACAUCAUUGGCGAACUCACAUUCGGCGAGUCAUUUAACGCCGUCCGUGAAACGCGGUCCCACUACUGGGUGACUCUGCUGCUCGGCGCCAACUACGGCGGCAGUCUCCUCAAUCUGCAAAAGCGCCUGGCAAUCCUAGGACCCGCGCUGCGAUGGGUGCCGCAACUUUCCAAGGCUGUCAACGACGCCAUCAAUUCCACGAUACAGCACCGUGCCCUCACCCUUGAGAAGACGCGCAAACGCAUUGCCAUGGGUCCUUCGCGCAAUACGCAGGACUUCUUCACGCACGUCCUGGAGCAGGGCACAGAAGAGGAGAAGGGCGAGAAUAAGCUCGCGGACCAAGCCAGCGUGCUCCUCACUGCUGGCGCCGAGACCAGCGCGCAGGUUCUCGGUUCCGCGACGUGGUUCCUCGCCGUGCCUGGGAACGCGCAAUGCUUGAAGCAGCUUCAGAAAGAGGUCCGAGGUGCCUUUGACCGGUACGAGGACAUCACGGCGGACGCGGUGGCCCAGCUGCCGUACCUCAACGCAGUGCUGGAGGAGACCAUGCGCAUCAUGCCGCCGAUCCCGGAGGGGCCACCGCGCGUGAGUCCCGGCGAGACGGUCGACGGCGUGUACGUACCGGUUGGGACGUACGUGUCCACAGACUUCUGGACCCUCCACCACGAUGAGCGCAACGCCGAGCGGCCCUGGGAGUUUGACCCAUCGCGGUGGUUGGAGGGUGGUACGCGGCCUUUCAGCAUACCGUUCCUCACUGGACCGCGCAUGUGCAUCGGUGUCAACCUCGCUUGGAUGGAGAUGCGUAUCGCCCUGGCCAAGAUUGUGUAUUCUUUCGACUGGGCGCUGGAUGAGAAGUCCCAGCAUUGGGUCAAGGAUAGCAGGGUUGUCAUGUUGUGGCAGAAGCCGGAUUUGAUGGUUCGGUUCAGCCCUGCUGCGUAG